UGCUUUAGAUUGAAAUGGAAAGACUUCAAUACAAAAUUGUGUCCUAUAGAAUUCAAUGCAAAAUCUCGUCCUCAGGGGCGGACUGACAACUCAUGGGGCCCCCGGGCAAUAAGGGAUCAUGGGGCCCCUGUGUCCUUGCCCAAACUCAAAAAAGCUUAUGAAAAGGUACCAGGGGCAUCUCAUGGGGCCCCCUACUGACCCCGGGCCCUCGGGCAGUGCCUGAGUUUCCAAAUG